UGGUAACAGUUGAUAAACAGCAGACAUUUUAGCAAACCCAAAAUCUGUUCAAUAGCAAACAGUGUUUGUUGUUUUUGUAUAAUCAUUUAAAUUCGAAUUCGGCUAAAAAAUGGCAGAAUCCCGUAACUAUUCAUUUAAUGGUCUAGUAUAUACUAUAGUUGAACACCAAUCGAUUCAUGAAAAGUUAACUGAUGAAACUUACCUGGAAUCUUAUUUAAAAGAAAAUACUGGCUCCGUGAUGAUAGAAAUAUCUGCCCAGGACAAAAGCGACAAUAACGACAAAGAGGUCCGAGAUGGUAUGAUGAGAAGUAAUGAAAAAUUUGUUUGGAAUAGCACCACCACGAAAUUAUUAGUUGAUGAGUAUAGUAAAAGACACCAUCUUUUCCAAGAUCCAAAGACAAAAAAAAUUUUGUUAUGGAGAGAAAUAAGAGAAGCGUUUAAUAAGCACGAUCACACUGUCACGCCAUAUGCCUUAGAUGCGAAAUUUAGAAAUUUGAAACAUCACUAUAAAACGAUACUACACAAUAAUAAAAAUAAGAUUGGUCGUCGACGAAUUACUUGGGAUUAUUUUGAAACGUUCCAAAAAAUUUUUCAAAAAGGGCGGACGUUAAACACAACUACAGUAACAUCAUCAUUUGAAUCACCAUUACCUUUACCCUCAAAACUUUCAUCACCUUCACCGCCCCAUGAUCCCAUCCCCGAUCAACCUAUUUUAAUUGAAUCAAAACCCGUUUCCAUAAAUACAAACCAAACUGAUGCAAUACCACCAACUCCCUCCACCUCCCAAACAUCCACUUGUUUUGAAUUUGUCUCCGUCAGUCCGACUUCUAAGGUUUUAACACCGUUAUCGGUUGAUACAAAUAUUUCUCCCGAUUGUCCUGUAACAGAAUUUUCGCCAAUCAUUGCAGAACACAAUUAUGUAUCAACUUCUAGUACAACUAGUAAUGAUGCACAGAACGAAAAAAUUGAGAGUAAAAGACGUAGAUCAGAACUAAAAGCUCGUUAUAGUUUUCGCCUAAAAUUACUUGAAGUGGAAGAGAAAAAAGUUAUUGCCUUGGAACAGUUAACGGAAGUGCUGAAACGCCAUAAUGACAUUCAACAAGAAAGAAAUGACUUAAUGAGAAGAUCAAGACAAGUUGUUUUCAAUUAAAUUGUAAAUAGGUACAGGAUUAAUAAAUAAAUUUAAGGUAAAUUA